AACCCCAUCAAAAUGCAAGAAGACUAACUUGCAAGUGACCUUUUGAGGAAUCCUAAGCCAUGGGUUCAAAGGUUACGGCUAUGUUCUUCAUCUUCAUGAUUUUUAUGUUAAUUUCAUUGCCACCGAUUUAUGCCUGUGUUCCUUGUAGAUCACCACCAUACCACCGCCCAGCCCCUCCAUCUACCCACCCUAAAAUUCCCCACCCCACCCCACCAACCACCAAACACCCACCACAUCAUGAAGGACCAUCUAAAAAGCGACCGGUUAUCUCACCUCCAAUUAUUUAUCCUACGCCACCAGUAAUAAUACCUCCAAUUACAAAUCCUCCAGUCGUUACACCACCAGUUAUAACACCUCCCAUCACAAACCCUCCAGCCAUAUUGCCGCCGCCUUCUUCUAUCUUUCCACCUAUCGUUGGAGGCCCUCCAGGUAGUGGCGGUGGAGGAGGAGGAAUUCCUGGUCUUAACCCUCCACCAACUACUCAACCAACUUGUCCUAUAAAUGCACUUAAGCUAGGGCUUUGUGUGGAUGUGCUUGGAGGUUUGGUGCAUGUAGGGCUAGGGAAUCCAGUUGAGAAUGUGUGCUGCCCAGUGCUAAAUGGAUUGCUAGAACUUGAAGCAGCCAUUUGUCUUUGCACAACUAUAAGGCUUAAGCUUCUUAACCUCAAUAUAUUUAUCCCUCUUGCCCUCCAGGUCAUAAUAACUUGCGGAAUGACUCCUCCUCCUGGUUUUGUAUGUCCUCCUCUGUAAGUGUACCACAUUGUAUUAGGGUUCAUGAGUUCUCUAUUAUUAGCCUAGGUGGUCUUAUUUAGUCAAUUUCCUUCCAGGCUUUUUGUAGUCUGUUAACUUUCGUUUAAGUUUGUGUUUUGGUUCGAUUAUGGUGGCAUUCAUUGAA